UGGCUGAUUGUGACCUACACCCAUUUUCACACCUUGGCUCAUGUGAUUAGGUAGAGGAUCAUUAGGGUGUCCAUUGUCCCUCUCAGUGGGUUACUCCCACAGGGCUUAAAUCUGGGACUCUCCACCAUUUGACCCUAGAACGGAAGAAGCUUCUCGGAUGAGAGGUGAAACGUCUUCAAGCAACUUAAAGAAGUCCAGACGCUUUUCUUUCCAAGCUCCUUAGACUGCCAUGUUUGUUAUUUGUGCAUUAUAAUCUUCAUGAAAAAACAAAAAAAAAAUUAAAUCUUUUGAGUUUGGGUGCUGUAGACACCUGAGUUUGUGAAAGCAAUAACUCAAGAACGAGGCAACAUAGAAUUUUCAAAUCAAUACCAUGGUUGCAUCUAUUGUAAAUCUCUGUUAAGUUUAAAUCUUAGUGACCUUGAGUUCAAGGCCAGAAGUCAACUUUUCUGAAAAUCGGAGGAUUUUCAUAUUUAUAACAUAGGUAUGUCUACUAGGGGGCUGAAGGGUAGCACUAUAUUUAUAUAUCUAUAAAGAAUUACAAACAACAAUUAGUUGAUACUUAAAGCAGGUUUAUUUCAUUAAUAUCCAGUUUAUUUCCAGUUAGUUUCAAAUUCAUCUUUAACAUUUGUUGUAGGUCUGAUUGAAGGACUGAUGUGAUGGUAAGCUGCUCCGCUUUGAAUAUUGAGAGAUUAGUUAAUGAAUUUUAAGCCAAACUGUGCCCAAGUUUAAGACCAUAAUCAUUGGUUGUUUUUGUUGUUGUUAUUUUUGGGGGGCUUUUUUUUACAAGAAUUGCUAGCUUCCCUAGAGUUUUGGUCACCCCAACAAUCAGACGAUUGCUAAGAAAGCACAAGGUUUUGUCUCCCUGUGCUAUUCAUGUCAGUGCAGGGGUGGUCUCCUAGAGAAGCGAGGGUCGAAAAAGGGAUGCUUCAGAACCUCCAAGAGUGUUAUGCGCUGAUUUGAAUCCAAGGCCAACAUCUGUUUGGUUAGCCUGACAAAUAAUGGUUGGCCGUUUUCAGGUCCUUGGCUAACCUUCAGUAGUUGUUCGAGGUCAUCGAGACGCUUAAGUUUUAUAUAUCGAGUUUCCUUGGAUUGAUAAUCUGUCUCGUAUUGAAAUUGUUCUUUUGUCUUAAAUGUCCAGCGCUGUUCGUUGUAGUUAUCUUCGAUUAAAAAGUCAUCAGUCUACAAGCCAGAAUCUAGAAGAUGAUCUGGUAGCUGACCCUGGGUUUCUGUUAUGAAUUUCAAAACAUCAUAAUCAUCUUCCCCAGGAUAGAGAGGCACCCCUGUAGCAAGCUCCACAGCUACCAGCCCCAGAGACCACAUGUCAAUUGCUUCAUCAUAUGGAGUGCCAAGCAUAACCUCAGGUGCAUAAUAACCAAUCGUCCCCACACAGCCACCAGUAAUCACUGCAGAAGCAGGACAUGCGAGGCCAAAGUCUAUUCGUUUGACUUUGACGGGAGACUCAUGGCGGUUCACAACCAUUAUGUUUCCAGGUUUGAGGUCAGCAUGCACUAUUCCCACAGAACCCAGGUGGAACAGAGCAUUUGCUUUCAUCCUGUGAACUUAGCUAAGAUUACAUAGCAGUAGCAGUAAUGCAAGUUACUUCUCUCAAGUGAAAGCUUUAAACAUUAGCCUGAUGCUUAACUAGCCAAUAUAAGGCUUCCUGAUUGAAAGCUAAAAGUCACCAAGUAAAUAGAAUAUUGUUUAUAAUUAUGUGUAUUGCUGCAGUUUUUUCAAGUAUUAACUUGGUGCCUUUGCAGCACCUUAGGAGGAAAUAAUGGUAAUAUGACUGAUCCAUAUGGGCACAAAGACUAGCCACUGUUUUGUGCUACAGAAGUUCCCUGGCUUUCAUUCAAAAUCUGUUUAUCGUUAAACAACUUAAACAUUAUAAUGGCUUCAAGCUCACAUUGAGGCCUGUGGGGCACUAUCAGCCACUGAGACAGUAGACAAAUUUAUAUGUGUUUUUGUAUAUGAAUAUAUUAUACUUUAAGGCUGCCUGUUUAUUUAAGGGAGAUGAAUAAUACAUUAUAAUAGUACAUAAUAAUAUCACAGAUGAUAGAUUUUAGAUAGAUUCAUGGUGAUUUAUGUUUACACAAUAUUUACCUCCAAGGUAGAUAUUAUAUGAACUAUUGAAAAAAAAUACCAUGUUAUUGAUCUGUUACCAAUGAACCUAGUAACGUAAAAUGUUUCAUUUUAGUGCCUCUUGCUUUUCCAGCCUUUUGUUACCCUGUCCCAACUUUUUUUUCAAAUGUUUCUGCCCUCAAAUUCAAAAUGAGUUAAUAUUUUUCAUGAAAUAUGAACGUCUCAGCUUACACGUUUGAUAUGUUUUCUAUGUAAAAUAUGGGUUCGAGAGAUUAGAAAAAUCAUUGUGUUCUGUUUUUAUGUCAAUUUUACAUAAUUUCACAAAAUCUACUUAUUGCUUUUGAUUUUGUAGGAAUUCAGGUGAAACUGGCUUUGCUGCACAGAGAACUACAUUUUUGGUUAGUUAAACAUAUUCCUAAAGGCCCACAUCCACCAAAGAACUGCCAUUUUACUGCAGCUGCAAAGCCUGCUAUUCCAUAUCACUGCCUUUCUCUGCUUCAUCCUUUCCUGCAACAUGGCUGCAAAACAUUUUGGUUGUUUGCAUUUUGAUAAAUAUAGUUGAGCACAGUGCUAUUUAUAGAAACCCAGUGUACUGUGCACCUAAGUUGGGUCUGUUGCAUGGUGGGAGAGGAGAUGGGUCAGAGGUGGAGUGCUUGAGGUUACUGUAACCCAGAUGACGGAGCUGGAAAGAUUGGCCUUGCGGCACUCAGUGUGCCGCCACGCUUAAUGCUCCCGCAGGAACAUGGUUACACAAGAUGCAUGUCUCAUCUGCCUUUUGUUCUGUGGGGAGAGGGAAGUUAUUCAGAAAUGUCAAUUGACUGUGGAACUAAGAGCUUGUGCAUUACAGCCAUUAUUCUGUUUGUGUAUGAGCUGGUUAUUUUUUAAUAUAUAUUUUUUUAAAAGCAGACAAAAAUAUAGAAAAAGUAUGUCUGAAAAUGUUUUGUUACAUAAAACUUUUGCUGAAUGCAUAAUCAUGCAUUCACUUAUUUCACUUAACUUUGUCCCUUGGGUUGGAAGUGCCACUAAUGAUUUGUCUGAUGGUUGGUUUGUAGUGAGUCUGUUCUUCAUGAAACCUUCCUUAACAUUCAAAUAUCUGUUUGUCUUUUGUCGGUCUUUUUUUCUUUCACUUAGGAUAUCAUGUUUCCAGCUCCAUGGUUGUGGAGGAGGCAAGAUGGGAAAGUCGUCACCUUCUACAGGAAGACAACCACUCCAAGCUGUACUCUGAGCCUGAGAAGAACUGCACUGAACCAGCAAUCCAUGAGUUCCCCAGGGAUUACUUCACCAACAAGCAGCGCGUGGAAGGAGCAGUGGGUCUGCACGUGCUUUGCGCAGUCUACAUGUUCUACGCUCUGGCGUUGGUGUGCGACGACUACUUUGUCCCCUCGCUAGAGAAGAUAUGCGAGCGUCUGCAUCUGAGUGAGGAUGUUGCAGGAGCGACCUUCAUGGCAGCAGGCAGUUCAGCGCCUGAACUGUUUACCUCUGUCAUUGGAGUUUUCAUCACUAAAGGUGACGUGGGGGUCGGCACCAUCGUGGGAUCUGCCGUCUUCAACAUCCUCUGCAUCAUCGGAGUGUGCGGGAUAUUCGCUGUGCAGAUGAUCCGUCUCUCCUGCUGGCCUCUGCUCAGAGACUCAGUCUACUACACCUUAUCGAUCUCUGCUCUUAUAGUGUUCAUAUAUGAUGAAAAAGUAGUUUGGUGGGAAGCUCUCACGCUGAUCCUGAUGUAUUUUGUCUACAUUUUGAUUAUGAAACUGAAUUCCUACAUUGUCCGUUUCCUGGGGAGGAGGAAGAAGAACUCGACCACUUUGAGAAACGGUGCAGCAAAUAACGCAGAACUGGACGAUGGCUGUGAUGCUACUGCUGUUCUUUUAAAGAAAGCGAACCACCACAGGAAGACAUCUGUGUUAAUGGUAGACGAGCUGCUGUCAGCGUACCCCCACCAGCUGUCCUUCUCCGAGGCCGGCAUGAGGAUCAUGAUCACCAGCCACUUCUCCCCCAGAACUCGUCUCACCAUGGCCUCACGAAUGCUCAUCACUGAGAGGCAGCGUCUAAUCAACACACAGACUUUGACUAACGGUGACUCUGAGGUCCCCGUGAAGGGAGGGAACAGGUGGGGCAUAGAAAACGGGCUGUCUGGAGCUGAGAGGGGCGUCGGCGUUCGGCACGAUGACCGAGAGGCCGGCAAUGAGACGGAUAACGAGGACAACGAGAACAAUGAGAAUGAUGAGGAGGAAGAAGAGGAGGAAAGAGAGGGACCUUAUGUACCGUUCCAAUGCCCAGCGGGAGGGUUUAAUAAACUGAAGUGGCUGCUGGCUUGGCCUCUGGCCCUGUUGCUAUACUUCACCAUCCCCAACUGCUCCACACCUCGCUGGGAGAACUGGUUCAUGCUGUCUUUUGUUUCCUCCACACUGUGGAUCGCCAGCUUCUCCUACAUCAUGGUCUGGAUGGUAACAGUGAUAGGCUUCACACUCGGUAUUCCAGACGUCAUCAUGGGUAUCACAUUCCUGGCAGCCGGCACCAGCGUCCCCGACUGCAUGGCCAGUCUUAUAGUGGCACGACAAGGGAUGGGCGACAUGGCGGUGUCCAACUCCAUCGGCAGUAACGUGUUUGACAUCUUGGUAGGCCUCGGUCUUCCCUGGGCUCUAAAGACCCUGGCGAUCAACUAUGGCUCUGAUAUCAAAUUAAACAGCAAAGGACUCAUCUUCUCUGUGGGGCUCCUGCUGGCAUCUGUAUUUAUGACAGUCCUGGGAGUUCACUUAAACAACUGGACGCUGAACAAACGUCUGGGUUUCAUGUGUCUCAUCCUCUACUCCAUCUUCUUGUGUUUCUCCUGCCUCAUAGAGUAUAACAUCUUCACCUUUGUCAACCUGCCGACCUGCCGGGAUGACUGAGACACGCACGCAUACACGACACACUCACUGUGCACACACUUACACAAACAAGUGGUGUUUGCAAGGAAUUCAAAGAGAAGUAUUAAAUAGAUAGCUGGUGGAAACAAGAGGAAGAUCUUGUUGGAGACCAAAGAAUUAAUUGCAAAUGCUAUUUGGCACAGGUCUGACUCACAUUGAUUUUUCUGUGGCUUGUUUUUCUGCAAUAUGGAGCUGCUCUGGUGUUUAGCCCACACCAGACCAGAGAGUGGGACUGAUUCCAGGAGUAGAGAUGGAAGCAACCAACGGACAGCACAGAGGAUGAUAACCUCACACACACACACACACACACACACACACACACACACACACACACACACACACACACACACACACAGAAAUUAUUCUACUACUGCUCACUCCUGACAUGAGGACCUUUUAUUUUGAAACUCCCUAUGUUUAGGUGUGAUGUUUCCUAGCUGCUAACCUUUCCUGAGAGGAAAGGCAGGUCUUUUAGAUCUACUAGUUGAAAGUAAUAAGUAAUAAAAAAAUUAAAGCAAUGAUGUAGAGAGAUGGGAAGUUUAGACAGAGGUAGGGCCACAAGUCUUCAUUAUUUGUUACAGUGUUUACUUGGGACUUUUUGUUAUUUCUAUCUUAUGCUCGCAUUUACAGUUUUUCUUUUAAGGCAUGCACCUAUAAGUCUCCGCUUCAGCAGAAACAGGGCAUUAUCCCGUCACCUUUUUAUAAAUUUACUCACAGCCGUAGCUGUCAUGUUUCAUAUUGAUUUCCUUUCUAUAAAUAGCUCACCUAUGUAAAUAACCCCCAGAUGUCCUAUUUAUUAUUUAUUCCUGUCAUACGCACAGUUCUCCUCUGGAGGUCACAAGAGCACCUGGGCAGGUUUUUGUUUGUGGAGCCGGGGAUCCAGGCCGAUGAUCACAAUCACAAGCACAAUUUUUUGUGAGGGCAUUUUGCAAAAUUCUAUUUGAUCUGGAUGAGUAGUUCUACGUGUGGAUGGGACAUACAGAGCUCAAACUUGCACUGAAGAGCGGGAGAGCAAGGCGUUUACCCGCUGAAGCACGCUGAUUAUGAGGAGAGGAUCCUUGUAAAAUGAAGCAGGUUUGUGUGGAGUGGGUUCGAGAAGCAGAUGUAUUUAUGUCUUUCGUGAGUGGGGAACUGCUGCUUGUUCUCCUCUCAGAGACACUGACCAAAUAGACUCAAAACAGCGGUGGCAUUAUUCGAAACGACACCUGGACAAGGUGUUUGCUCUGUGCUGGAAGGAUGGGUGGAUGUCCUGCUUUACUUCUCUGAGGGUGAGCGAUGUAACUGGUAGUAAAGUAGGACUUUUUACCCCAACUCUUUAAGGUUGGGUGGAGUUUCCACUUUAUUUUUCUCCAGGAGUUCUUUGUAUUUUGUAAUGCCUAAUGUCUAGAUUUGUCCUGAUUUGGUAGGUUUGUGGCACAUAAAUAUAAAUAAUACUAGUUUUUAGAGCAUGUACAAUGUGGUUUGUGAAACCCUCCGGGGAAUUUUUAUUCCACUAAGGGGCCAGUACAGUUGAAUUAUUCUUGAAAGACUUCCACCAACACUGAAGUGAACGCUUGUCAGUCAGGGUUGAUUCUUCUCACACAGUUUUCAUCAAAAUGUCAGCUUUUCCUCAGACAGGUUCAUUUCAAAUGUCAAGUGCUCUAUGCUCUUUUUUUCUCACUAAGGGAAGAGUAUUUGCUAAAAGAAAAAGAUCUAUUGUUUCAGGUACUUUGUUAAUUUAUUGAUCAGAAAUAUAAAAUAUCUAAAAUAGGAAAUGCUGUCUUUCGAAUGUAUAAAUAUUUCAUAUAUCAUAGGUAUUUAUUUAUGUCAUAGAAACAGACAGUACAGCGCAACCAUAACCGGAAAACAGGGUCUAAAUCUUAUGUAAUGCAAUAACUUUGAGAUUACCGAUAUGUAAAUAUGGCGCUUUGCUGAUAAAACAUGACUUUAUAGUGGAGUUUAAAAAGGCUCAUUCAAAUCGUAAAUGUCUGUUAAUAUUGUUGUUCGACUGGUCAAACUAUCCAAACACAACACAAGCGCAAAUCAUGAAGAGGAACUGUGAGAAUGUCUGUCUGAUGGGAGACCUUAACACAGUCAGAGGUGAUCAUUAUUAUCAAAUAUCAGGGUAUAACUGUUAAUCCACCUCGAACUUUUCCUCCAGAGUUUCCCUGAAAGAGCUCAAUGAGGUGCUAAUUACAAACCAAAUAACUGGACGACUUUUGUUGUAUCAAUAACAGCUCCUGAGGAAUUUCUACAAAGCCCAUUUCUUCCUGAAAAAAAGCUAAAAAUUCAAAUUUUAUUUGUCACAUGCACAGUCCAACAUGCAGUGAAAUGCUUGUGUCCAAGCUGCAGACGUGGCCGCUCCAUUCCUGGGUGGAAGCCUCCAACGGUGUGUAGCCUUAGCACUACACUAUCCAGCUGUCUGGAUGAAUAAAUAGACAAAUUAAUCUAGGUGUAAAAGAUGAGAAAUAAAAAUUAGAUUUUUUUUUUAAAAAUAUCCAAAUGCCAAACGUCUGAUCACUGUGGAGGUUAAACAGAUCAGUGUGAGCACAAAUCAAGAAAUGGAUCAAAAUGUCUCGUAGCAUUCCACUUUGAGGUACACGUGGUUUUCCUCUGUGUCAUCCUGUCCAUUACCAACACCUUUCUAAUCCAGGGCAUCAGUUUUGGCCAUCAUAUUUAUUUCAAAAUAUAUUGUGCACUUUACUAUCAAACAAUUUAUGCUACAGAUUAUUUGGUUCAAACGUCGUGUGCUGCUAUUAACUGCAUGUACCUACAGUGUAAAACAUGAGGUACUUUGAAACUAACCAAAACGCGCUCUCAUUAUGAAACGACACAUCUUGUAGAGGAGAUUUCUAAAUAAUUUGUGAUAUUCACAUGGGUGAUAUAUUGCUGAUGUACAUAUGUAUAUAAAUAGGUGUAAAUGUAUUUAUAUAUUUUUUGUCUCAAUCUGUAUAUCUGUUGAAUAUAUUUUCAUAGUUCCUAGGUCUCCUCUGUACUCCCCUUUGUUUUGACGCGUUUCUUGUCCUUUGUUUACUCGCAUGGAGAUACUACGAUAUAAUAAAUUAUUUAUGGUAAAUCUUAAUGUACUUUGGGAUGAGUCUAAAGCGUUUUUAGAUGGCACUGGAGUUAGUUUGUACUGGAAAUCCUAGAUGACUGCAUGCUGUGGCUAGCACAGAAUGUAAGAGAUAGUGAGUGAGAGUGUAUGAUAUCUUUCUGUGCAUAUCUAAGCUUUACCUCUUCCUACGCAGAAACUUUUCAACAGAAAUUGUUUACUUUGUGUUUAGAUGUCUCAAAUGUAAUUUUAGAGAUCAUUUUGCUACCUGAGCAUUAAUAAAGUUGUCAUUGCUUAAGGUAA